AUGCCGCCUCAGCCGACUCAUCAUCACCACUCGAGGUACUCUGCCUUUGGUUCUCACCAAACGGCUAGAGGUAAACCUGUUGAUCGAAACUUACUUGAGUCUAUUCCAUCCAUGGACAAGCCCUCAUACUACGAUGCUCCCGCCUCACCUUCCUCCUCUUCAUCAACGUCAUCCGACGGUUCUAUCGAAACUGCACCCCGUAACAUCCUCAGCAAUUCGGGUAACAAGCUCAAUCCUCAUGCCAAAUUUAUGCGUCGAGGCAAGAUGUACGCUUGGGCACCUCGGUACGAAGAUGCCAAAUCGGAUAAGCUGGUCCGCAAACGAUUGAAGCUAUGUCUUCAGCAAAUCUUACCUGAAGCCGCUACUGAGGUUGGAGCUCAGCCGCCUCAGAAUAUCAUCGACGCCGAACAGAAGAAGAAGAAUCGGAAGCGGAAACGAGGGAAUGAACCUGAUUAUGUACUACCUCAUCUUCGAAGCCCCUCUCCUCCUAUGUCCACUACCAAGCUAGCACCGAUGCUAGCUCUACCCCGUACAUACCUCGAUAUACUUACUAGUCCCUCUAUGAGACACACGCUGGGCAACGAUAGUAUGGAAACUGGUCUUCAGCGGACUGCCGGUGAGCUUCUAGAAGGUGAGAAACCACUCAUGCAAGCUUUGGGAAGAACGAGAGAUAUCGUCAGAUUACUUCAAGCCGACGUACCUGUCGUACCUAAAGCUGAAGUACCCCCAACCGACGGUGAAGAAGAUAUCUCCGCCACCACGAGACCUGAUCAACCUCAACCAUCUACGAGAGAUCCUAAUUACAUCCCACCUUUACCUCAUAUAUCCGAUACCGACAACUUAUGGAGAGUAACACAAGAACUGAUUGGUCCUCCUGCUUCUGGUAAUCCCACUUCAAUCCCUCCGCCUACCAUCACAUAUACAGCUACACCAGCUGAAUCGGUCACUCCCAACAAUACUGAUCCCAAUAACACCAAUACCACUACCACUGAGCCCGAACCUGCUCCCACACCGUUACAGCGCUUAUUCACCUGUCCAGAUGGUAUCACCCUACGAUCUGUACCUCAUCCUGCACACCCCGGAUUCCAUUAUCCUGCGGGACACAGCUUACACCCCCAGACUAUCAGGUAUAACUUGGAUAUGACGAAUCAGUGCAGAGCGGUCGAUGAUGCCUUGGAGAGGAUCGGUGAACUGUUGGCGGAUUGUAAUGAGUAUAAAGAGAGGUUGGAAGAGGCUAGAGAUAGGGUCGCGGAUGUAGCGAGAGUAAGGAAGAAAGUCUGGAAUGUAGUCAGAGAAAGAGGUGGGUGGGAGUUGGAUAGGAGAGAGUUGGGGAAGGAUGCUUAA